GACACCGCCGCCGGCGACACCGCUGAAGCCCGAGCCGCCGAAGCACCCACCACCGGGUUGGCGGAGUCCAGGGCAGCCACCGCCCCAAGGUGGCUCAGGGCGAAGAAGCAGGACACCUCCGCCAAGCCUGCCGAGCCGCCCGAGCCGUCCGAGCCCGAGCCGUCCGAGCCGCCAGUGGGACCAGGGUUCGAGACGGAGAUCCCCUCAACGUCCGAGGGGCCUGUCGAUCUG